AUGUCAUAUAACCGGGUCCAGACUACUCCGGUUGAUCAGGAAUGCAAUUGGAACAUUCAAGUGGAACCUAGAAUGGCUAUCGCGCUAACCAUCGAGGUGCUCUACGCUAGAGAUAACCUUGAUCAAAUGAUUAUAUACGAUGGCACAUCUCAGUCGGAUCCUAACUUAAUGAUAAUAAUUUGUCGCACGAAUGUAGACUGUAACGAAACUUUCACCGACAGUAAGGGUGAAAUAAGCAUGGUCAGAGAUAUAAGCAUCAGAACUAGAUCAGAUUUCUCCAGCGACAACAGUAUGGAGGGCAAGCAAGUGAGCACACUAUCUCUGAGAGUGUACGAUGGUCACUCUACCCACGAUAAACUAUUGCUUACCGGCAACCUUAUGGACACAAUGGAUGAUGGUGGAAUAAUUUCGUCGACAAACACCGUGUUAAUUGUAUUCAGACAUACAAACGUAUCGGCUAGUUGUGGUCAGUUGUAUAUAAAAAAUCAGGGUUAUAUCCAUAGCCCCGGGUAUCCCUUGUUAUAUCCUAAUAGUAUACUAUGCGAGUGGACAGUACGGGUGCCGCGAAAUCAUACAAUUAUUGUGCAAUUCAUUGACUUUCACACCGAAGAGAGUGAUUAUCUGACAAUUAUAUCCAAUUCAGAGACCUAUAGAUAUAGUGGUCAACACAAACCAUCAAAUCUACUAACGUCUGGAAAUACAAUGAGUUUGUUAUUCAAAACGGACGGCACUAUCGUUGAGAGAGGCUUUAAAAUUGCCUACAAAGCCAUAUCACUCGAUCCUAGUCUAACAUUUGUGAUAGUGGCUGAUAACGCCUUACUCAGGACACACUCGAGUAAUACUACUUUACUCGCUAUGAAUGGGGACCGGAUGUCAGGCCUAAUGGAUUACGACUCAGUUGGCGAUCGGUUCGUGUGGUUUGAUCACAAAAAACAUAAUUUCAUUUUACAAUCAUUUAAUGAAAAACAUGUCAUUCCUAUCGGCGAUGGAGAGCCCAACAGUUUGGCCGUCGAUUGGAUCCAUGACUUACUGUAUUGGAUGGACAGUAAUAGCAAUGCUAUUAAAGUAUUGAGUUUAGGGGACAAAUCUAAAUCAAUAUAUACUGUCCAUGAAAUACAAGCUCAAAGUCCCAAAGAUCUAGUGCUAAACGUAGUGACCGGUGCUCUGGUUUGGUCUAACGUUGGCUUUGAGGCUAAUAUAAUGCAAUUAAAUUUGGACAGCGAUCAGCCACUAGUGCUGUACUCUUCGGGCCGACACGCCAUGCAUUUGACAGUAGAUUACGGAUCAAAACAAUACUAUUUCAUCGAUAGGACCGACCAUUCGCUGUAUUCCAUAGACUUUUGGGGCAAAAACGAGACGUUUAUUAUGAAAUCCGUGACACUAUUCGACCCAAUUGUAUCCAGUCUUCAGGUCGUCGGCAAUGAUUUGUAUUUCAAUCACGAGUUUUUCAUUUAUCGGGUGCCAGACAUACAGUUGGGUAUAGAGAGGGCACAUGUGGUUUAUAAAAUACACAGGGUUAGCGGUUCAUUUGACGAUGAUCACUUUUUUAUGACAAACACUAUUGAUAUAAAUCGGCGCGAGUUUAACACGUUUAAAAUUGUUAACCAAUCGCAUCAGCCCAGCGUAGGGUUGUCUGGAAAUCCGUGCGAUCAUUCAAAUUGUGCCAAACUAUGUGUACCCCGGACAGUUGCCACCGGACAAGCCUAUAGACUAAAACGAGAUCUCACGAGAUAUACACCAGAAUUGAGAUUAAAUCCAAGAAUGUGUUUGCGAGACAUCGAUGACAAUGAAAAUUGUAGUUCAUAUCAGAAUCUAUUGGCCAAUGAAAACACAGAAAUUAGUACCAAGUUUUAG